CUGACACCUAUCUGUAGCCUAUGUGCAGAGUCCUUGUGGCCUGGUCUCCUGUUUCUGCAUCCUUCGUGCUGCCCUGUUUCUUUCCUCCGUUAUCUAUCGGAGGCUGCGUUGCUACUGGUCGCUCAUCCUAGUACGCCCGGUCAUGCGCAGCCCCGCGCAGUUUGGACGUUGUUAUGCAAGCUACUUUGUGGCCGCGUGGUUACUAUUCGCCGGGCGGCUCGUGUUCGUAGCAGCGGACGGUGCCACUCAGUGCGCGAGUGGACAACUGGAUUGGUAUACCAGCGUUGUCGGCGAGACACCUUGCAAAACCUAUGAGCGACUGCGCCAAAUUUGCAAUAGUGAUUACCAGGUGCCGAAAUUCAAGUCGAAGCCCCCAGGUGACGCAUGCGACGACCAAGUCUCCGCAUGUUGCUGCAACGAUGUAGCGUUCGGGCUCAGUAUGCUCUGCAUGAACUGUCAGCUAGAUCCUAAAGCUGGGAACGAGAUUGGGAUCGAUGCGCCGCCUGGAACAUACGCGACGUACCGAGGAGCGUGUGGCGCUGGAACAGACAAAGCGCUGGAUUCCGAAACACAGCGGGCCGUGUGUAACAAAAACCUCAAAAUAGAUGAUUUCCUUUACAACGGCUGGGAUGACGGCGCCUGGUUCUACGUAUGGACGAAGGAACACGCGGAGGUCACCCAUGCUGCAAGCAACAACAACACCUUCACGCACUGCUCCAACCAGGUAUCCUCGUCCGCAUCACUCGCUCCGCUCGGCCCGUCCUCUUCGACCAGCACGUCACCGACUCCCUCGCAGGCGAGCUCUCCCUCCAUAGCCACAUCAUCCCAGGCUUCUACAGUCCCUACACCUUCCGGAAACACGACAAACAGCACCGCCAGCGACGAACACACAUCCUCCGGGCUGUCAUUCACGGCUAGCGCUGCCAUCGGCGGCGUCGUCGGCGUGCUCGGUGUUUGCGCGAUCGCGGCCGCUGGCAUCUUCUUCUGGAGAAGACACAAGAGGGCGCAGCAUGCGUACACCUGCCCCAGCAACGCCGCGCGCCGGAGCUACAAUGUCUUUGCGGACAAACCGCCGGAGACCGUGGGGGUGGCUUCGCCGUAUCUCAUGUCCACGGAUACGAGGGGUGUCGCAAAUGCGCAGGUAGAUAGGAGGAAUUCGGAUAGCCAGGAUGCCGGAGAAUCUUCAUGCCCCAGCGGCCACAGCUACGAGUCCGACAUCGACAUCGACGGCCCUCCCGAGACAGCUCCGAGUAUGCCCAACGCUCCAUCCGCCGGUGUGGUGACUAGCGACGCCGGAGCUACACAAUCGUUCAAGAACUCGACGCCCUCGAUGAUAUCUCCCCAACAAAUCCAGGCCCCCGAGUCUCACGCUCCCCCUUACGAUGAUCUGCAGAGUCCCGUCCCCGAGAGCGACGCGCCCAACCCUGCCCCCCAGUACGCUGUCCCGGGCCGCUUUGACAGCGACCUGCGCCAUACGGACGCCGGCGUCCUUAUCCCUCUCUCCCGGUCCUCAUCUGGGAGACUCCCGCCAGCCUAUCUCUCGUGGGAGAACAACGUCGAUCUGGGGUCUGCCCCUCCGCUGCCUCAGCAAGGGAGCGCAAGUUUGUCCGGUGCACUCGUUGUCGAUCAAAAUGCUACGGCUUUCAGACUGGAAGGGAAGGCGGAAUAG